AUGGUCGCGGCGCUGCUGGAGGCGGCGCCGGCGCUCUGCGAGCUCUGCGGGAUCUUGCUCGAGUGCGUCACGCCCGCGGCGUGCGACUGUUGCGUCAACUGCGCCGCCGUAGCCAUGGAACCCCCGCUUCGAGGCCGAGGUUGCGGGCGCAGAGUCGGCCUCGUCUGCUUCGCGGCGACCGCGGGCGCGACGCUCAUCGCAACCGCGGCGUCCGCUCGCCUCGGGUACUUCGACCCCGCCGCGACCGUCGGCAUCGUCGAGCCCGUGAACCCCCCCGUCGUGUGGCAGGCGCCGCCUAGGAAGCGCCCGCUCGAACCCAGACCCGUCGCGGUCCUCCCGGGCCAAGUUGGGCGGUGGACGACCGGCGCGGACGGCGUGGCGGUGUGCGACUUUCCCAGCGGAUGCACCGACGAUCCGUCCUUCGCGGAAGGGGGGGCGAAGGAGGCGAAGGAGGCGCACGUUGACGACGCCGCGUCGAGGAACGGAUCGAAGGCUGGCAUCGCCUCGCCCGCGGACGACCCCGACGAGGUGAGCGCCGACGCGGCCGACGACGACGACGCGACGAUGGACGCCGCGAAGCUCGCCCCGUUCGCAAAGUUCAACCUGCACGAACCAAUCGAACCGCCCGGCUGCGCGCUCCACCUCUACAGGCACCUCUCCAAGACCGGGGGCACGACCUUGCGAUUCGUAUUCGACAAGCAGACCGCCAUGGGGGAUUGGGAGUUUCCGCUGAUAUACGGCUUCAAGUCGGUCGAGUGGGACGCGCUGCUGUCGCGGUGGCGCGCCAAGGCGAGGGCGUGGCGCGACGGCGGCGGCGGAGCCGGCGGCCCGAGGACGCUCGUCGAGGUGAGGGGCAACUGGCCGGAUAACUGGCCGGCGGAGCACUUCCGCGUCGUGAUGGACGACGUGGCGGAGCUCAGGCGCGAGUUUGGGCCGUCGUCGUCGUCAGGGGACGGGGGAGACGGCCUCGCGACGUGCGAGGUGACCACCAGUUUGCUCCUUCGCGAGCCCUUCGCGCAGUACCUGUCCUUUUACGAGUACUACAUCAGGAAGCAGCAGGAGGGCGAGGUGCGCGCGGAGCACGUCGGUAAGGGGUGGCCGGACGUUCCCGGGAAGGCGGCGUGGGGACGGGACAUCGGGGAGUGGGCGAGCAGGGUGCACGACAUGCAGACGCGCGAGUUGCUGGGGGACAAGUGCACGGGGCAGAUGCGGCAGCCGGGAUACGACGUGGAGUGGGUGGCGUCGUCGACGGGUGGCAUCGCGGACGUCGCGGGUUCGGAUCCUUCAUCGGCCGAACUCGCCGUUUCCAUCGACGGGAAAACCCUCGGUAGGGUCGGGGUCCAUCCCCAAGCCCCGGAGUGCCACGCCAAGGUGACCGACGACGACUGGACACGUUUCGAAAAUUUGGUCGACGAGUUUGACGUCGUCGGCGUCACCGAGCGCUUCGACGAGUUUUUACUGCUCUUGGCCCGCAGAGUCGGGCUGGCGCACCCGCAGUACGUCAGGAGCAACGCGGGAAAACACGAACGCGAUCGAUCGAAGAUGUCGGCCAAGACGACCGCCGUGAUCGACGCGGCGACGACGAUGGACCGCGCGGCGCACGAGCUGGCGAAGACGAUCCAGUCGAGACUCGUCGCCGCGGCGGGGGGCGACGCGUUUGACAGACACGUCAAGAAAUUUCAGGCGCAGAGCGAGGAACGCGGCGGCCGCGUGUUUGUCGGUGGGGUACCCGCGCGGUCGCCGUACAAGUGGGUGAGGGAGAGCGAGGCGAAGGCGGCCGGGACGACGCGGGUGACGCCGGCGGCGUUCACGGACGACACCGGCGGCGGCCAGGCCAUCGCGUACAUCGUCAUGGACCCGGUGAUGCUGGUGGACGCGUCGGCGCCGCAUCAAUGCGUCAAGGGGUGCAACCUGGACGCCGCGUGA